UGCUACGAUUUCCAAAAAAAACAUCGAUUUUUUGAUGGCCAAGUAGAGGCAGUCGAUAAUUUUGUUUUUGUCAUUGUGGAAUCAGUUUUACUUGUUGGGCUUGAAUGCAGUAAGCUCCUUAUUUAUUUGAAUUCGCCAUUCGCAUUCGCCAUUCGUUGGGAUUUGACAUACGAAUAAAGACAUUCGCCUUGUGCCCGUCGUUAUGCUGCCUUUAUCUCUUCUUCGUGGCGCUUUGAAUCAUCCUGUGCUGGUGGAGUUAAAAAAUGGAGAAACAUAUAAUGGACAGCUAGCCAAUGUGGAUAAUUGGAUGAACUUAAAUCUGAAAGAUGUUAUUUGUACUUCCAAAGACGGAGAACGGUUCUGGAAGAUAGCGGAAUGUUAUGUCCGUGGGAGUUCAGUUAAAUACAUGCGCGUACCUGACGAGGUCGCUGAGCUGGUGAAAGCAGACAUGGCCAGAAAUAAAUCCAGACCUGAUAAAAGGCCAGCCGGCGGCUAUCAAGGGGGCGGCGGAGGCCGAGGGGGUGGGCGUGGUGGACAGAAUCGUGGCCGAGGGGGACCAGGAAGGGGUGGCGGGAAAUCGUUUCGGGGUGGAGGACCAGGCAGGGGAGCGCCAAGGAAUGGAGAAGACUGAUAUGCGGCGUUGUUGAUAACUUGCGUCAGAUGUAAUUGUAAGCAUUCUUUUUCGACUGUGAAUGAAGCGGAACAAUUCUGCUUCAUUUCGAGAUUUUUAGCGAUAAGAUCGUGCUAUACUGCAUUUCCGCUUGUUUUUUUUAUUUCAGGUGUAUAAGUUUGUUAUUUAACGCAAGUUGUUGCUGUCCUUAACUUUUAUUGACUUCAGUUUUUGUUGACUGUAAGGUUUCGGUAGUAAGUACUGUACUGGUUACCCAUCAUGUAAAAUGUGUACUCAUGAUGUAAAGCCAUUUUCGACUUUAUUUUCAUUACUGAAUUAAGACUUAAGAGCCAUUGAGCUUUUGUAACUUUGUUCUACCUGAUAUUUUUUUCCAUCGCGAAUAAAGACAAUUUUAUU